AUAUAAAUAAAAAAUUAAGCCCACACGUUCACAGCCACGCUCGCCCAUAUCCCAAGUAGUGGGUAUUCUAUUCUCCCUACUCCCCCAAUUUCCAUUGCCGCCCAUUUUCCCAUUUCCAUCUAACCUCAUUGCUCCACUUGAAAUAGGGUUUGGAUACUGAGAUGGUUGCUAACGCUGAUAAUGGAGUGAAGGAUAUUACUAAAACGGAUUCUCCUGUUUCCGUCCUUGCAGAUGAGGAUACAUGCAAAGAGGAGAUUGCUGUGAAAUUGGAGGAUGAAGUAUUUCUUGAUGCAAAAAAUGGGGAUGUCUCUCUUUUAUCUGAAUCCAUGGCAAAGGAAGAGGAGAACUUGAUAAAAACACGUGCAAAGGAGGAAGAAGUAAAUGGUCCCAAAGAGGCCCCAAACUUGAAUGACCUUCAAUUUAGUAAGCUGGACGAGCUUCUUACUCAGACCCAGCUUUACUCAGAGUUCCUGCUGGAGAAGAUGGAUAACAUCACAGUGACUGGAAUGGAAGAUGAAGAGAAAGGCAGUGAAGACACGAAGAAGGGCCGUCGAAGAAAAAGAAGGGCGACCACAAGUUAUGAUAAUAAAAAGGCCAAGAGAGCUGUUGCUGUCAUGCUUUCAAGAUCUAACGAAGGUGGUUCUGUUGAGGAUUCAACCCUCACUGAGGAGGAGAGAGCUGAGAAGGAGCAGGCUGAACUUGUGCCCUUGCUGACUGGUGGAAAGUUGAAGUCUUAUCAACUGAAAGGUGUCAAGUGGUUGAUUUCAUUAUGGCAAAAUGGGUUGAAUGGGAUUCUAGCUGAUCAAAUGGGACUUGGCAAGACCAUUCAAACUAUUUCUUUUCUUGCACAUUUAAAGGGAAAUGGCUUAGAUGGGCCUUAUUUGGUCAUUGCUCCCCUGUCAACUCUUUCAAAUUGGGUGAAUGAGAUAGAAAGGUUUGUCCCAUCCAUUAAUGCAAUCAUAUACCAAGGAGACAAGAAACAAAGGGAUGAGAUAAGGAGGAAGCAUAUGCCGAGGACCAUAGGUCCCAAAUUUCCUAUUGUUGUUACUUCUUAUGAGAUUGCAAUGAGUGAUGCAAAAAAAUUCUUGAGGCAUUAUAAUUGGAAGUAUCUUGUGGUUGAUGAGGGGCACAGGUUAAAAAACUCGAAGUGUAAACUGCUCAAGGAACUCAAGAUGUUGCCUAUUGAAAACAAACUUCUAUUAACUGGAACACCUCUGCAGAACAACUUAGCUGAGUUGUGGUCACUGUUAAAUUUCAUCUUACCAGAUAUAUUUUCAUCCCUAGAAGAAUUUGAGUCAUG